AUGGCCCAAGGCGCGUCAUGGAGUGGACAGCCCUCCAUCAAGGGCUCUACGGAGUCGGCGCGUAUGGCUCUCCUCACAGCAAGCUUGAUAGGAGUAUCCUUUACAUGGGGCGUCGAGAUGACCUACUGCACGCCCUAUCUUCUUCAGCUCGGUCUCACGAAGUCCAGAGUAUCCCUUGUCUGGAUCGCCGGGCCCCUUUCAGGUCUCAUAAUGCAGCCAGUCGUGGGCAUCAUCGCGGAUAGAUCAACAAGCAGAUGGGGACGUAGGAGGCCAUUCAUGGUAGUCGGAACCGCGAUUGUCAGCGUGUCCCUGCUAGUCCUGGGCUGGACGAAGGAGAUUGUCAGCGUGUUCGUGAGCGAUCCGGAGACGAGGAAGAGCGUCACAAUCGGGCUGGCAGUCUUGAGCAUCUAUGCCGUGGACUUUGCUAUCAAUGCGGUGCAGGCCAGCUGCCGGAGUCUUGUCGUCGACACGCUACCUAUCCAGAAGCAGGGACUGGGCUCAGCAUGGGCCGCUAGGAUGGGAGCCAUGGCAUCAAUCAUAGGAUAUGCAGCUGGGGCAACCAAACUUAACAGCAUAUUUGGGAACACCUUGGGAGACACCCAGUUCAAGCAGUUGACGGUUAUCGCGGCUUUGGCACUGCCACUGGCAGUUGGGAUCACCUCUUGGGCGGUAACAGAACGGGUGCUGAUAUCUACUGGGAAAGAAGAGGAGGGCAGCAACGGCGCGAUCAAGAUGCUCACUCAUAUAUUCAGGACAGCAACGCAUCUACCCAACCGCAUCGCAGCCAUCUGCUGGAUCCAGUUCUGGGCAUGGAUAGGCUACUUUCCGCUGAUGUUCUACAGCACCACCUGGAUUGGCGAGAUCUACCUCAGAUACGAUGCGCCAGCGGAGGCGAAACAAUCCCAGGACACUCUUGGUCAAAUCGGCAGAGUGGGAAGUAUGUGCCUGAUCAUCUCUUCCCUCAUAAACUUCGCUAGCUCCAUCAUGCUGCCGUGGUUUGUCAUCUCUCCCGAGGACGAGAAACGCGACUUCACACCCCGACCGUUAGCAAGUCUGGCCCCUCUCGUAGUCGGAGCGGACAAGCGCAGGCCAACUCUGCUGACGGCUUGGACUGUGUCGCAUUUGGUCUUCGCCGGCUCAAUGCUGAUGGCUCCAUUGGUGAGCUCUGUUCGCUUUGCGACUGUACUCAUAGCAAUCUGCGCUGUACCCGGAGCAAUAGCGGGCUGGGCACCAUUCACGUUUAUAGGCAUCGAGAUCAACAGGCUUGGUUCGACAUCGAAUGGCCACGCCUACCGACGGCUGUCGACGGACUCGCUUGAACUUGAGGCGAGCACACUCCACCUAAACCAUCGUACGGACGAUUCCCACUCCUCGACUGGGGAGCUUUCCGGGAUUUAUCUUGGCAUCCUUAACCUCUUCACCACGCUGCCGCAGUUCGUCGGUACCUUCAUCUCUUGGAUCGUGUUCUCGAUCCUGGAGCCCGGAAAGAGCCCGGAGCUGGCGAAGGAAGCUCACCCUGACGAGCAUCAUUCGACGGACGGGCCGAACGCGAUUGCAGUGUGUUUCUUCAUUGGGGCUCUGUCGGUGAUUGUGGCGUCUUAUGCCACGAACCGGUUGAAGUAUAUUCGAUAG